UCUAACUUCUCUCUGUUCCUGGUCACAGCCGUUCAGUCUCUGCUUGAGGACAGGUUACAGAAGGGCAAGACCAAAGGCAAAUUUUGUGAUGUGAAAGUUUGUCAUGAGUGAGUGUGGUAUCACCUUCAGGGGAUCUGAAACUUAGCCACCAUACCCAUUUACUGGCACUGAAGCAGUGAGAGACCCCCCCCAGGAUGCUGCCCGCUGUCCUAGGACUGCUGGUGCUGGUGGCAGUGGCUGAAUCUCUCACUGGCCUGGUUGGAAAUGGAGUCCUUGUGGUCUGGCAUUUUGGGGAAUGGGUCAGAAAACUAGAGGGGUCCUCAUAUAACCCCAUUGUCCUGGGCCCGGCUGUCUGCUGAUUUCUCCUGCAGUGCUUGAUUGUGGUGGACUUAAGUCUGUUUCCGCUUUUGCAGGGCAGCCGUUGGCUUCACUGUCUCAGUGUCUUCUGGGUCCUGAUAAGCCAGGCCAGCCUGUGGUUUGCCACUUUCCUCAGUAUCUUCUACUGUAGGAAGAUCACAGCCUUUGAACACCCUGUCUACUUGUGGCUGAAGCAGAGGGCCUGUUGCCUGAGUUGCCGGUGCCUUCUGGUGUACUACAGUUUGUUAUUUACAUUUCACGGUGGCUUAGAUCUCUGCCAUUCUUCCAAAGGAAACAGCAUUUUAUUCCCCCUUUCAGACUGGCACCAUGUGUAUACAUUACAGUUCAGUGCAGGAAGUGUGUUGCCUUUCAUGAUGUUUCUUAUUUCCUCUGGGAUGCCAAUGGCCUCUUUGUGUAGACACCACAGGAAGAUGAAGGUCCACACAGCCAGCAGGAGAGAUCUUCAGGCCACGGCUCACAUCACUGUGCUGAAGUCCUUGGGCUGUUUCCUCAUACUUUACAUAGUUUACUUUGUGGCCAUCCCCUUCUCCAUCACCUCCAAGUCUUUUCCUGCUAAUUUCGCCACUCUGUUCAUCUCUGAGACACUCGUGGCUGCCUACACUUCUCUCCAUUCUGUCAUCUGGAUCAUGGGGAAUCCCAGGUUGAAGCAGACUUGCCAGAGAAUCCUGUGGAAGACAGUGUAUGCUAGGAGAUCCUGGGGCCUGUGAUCUGGAGAGAAAGGAGUGGUCAGGAGACUCUUUUGAGAUGUUCUUUUGAUAGCUCUCCAUA